CGGACUCUGGGGCAAUGUGGAGGGGGCAAAGUGGACGCCGCCUGGUUAGACCGUGGCCGGCCUGUUGUCCCCUCCCUCGGAAUGCAAGGUGACGUUCCCCGAGUUGCAAGUCCUCCGGCGUGCCUAGUCUGUCUCGGGCUCUCUCCCACUCUCUCACACUCUCUCGCUCUCUCUCUCACCCCCGGCCUCCCCCGACUCACCCCGUCCUGCUUCCCCGUGUAGUGUAGGGGUGGGCGGGUUUGUUCCCCACGUCAUCCUGAUGGCGGUCGACGAAGCUCCAUCGCAACCGCGAAGUCUCGAUUGUCGUUGGUCGCGUACCUGGGGCCGGACGAGGACCUGGCGCCAGACUGGGCCCAUUUUGCUUUUCGAUCCAGAUCCCGGCGCUACCCUACUCAAAUUCUUACUUCUCACGCGCACGCUUGACGCAGUAACAACUACCUGUUCGAUGGAUGCAUCAGGUCUCAUCCCCACAUAAAAAAAUUGUUGUUGAGAGUGGGAGAGGGGGGGGGGGGUGGUUAAUCGUUUCCCCCCCGCGCGCGCGUGCGCGGGAACCACGGGACUUGACCGAAGCGUGCCACCGUCCUUUAUAACUUUCAUCUCCCCGUCGUUUCAUGAGAGAUAAUUGCUGUUGUCGAGCUCGAGUUCAUCCUAGACGUCCUCCGAUUCCCAUUGCAUCCUCACUCACCUCUUCCCUUCUUCCCUCCCCUCCCUCCCUCCCUCCCCCUCGUCACUCCAUAGCGCGCGCGCGCGGUCUUAGUUGUAUACUUGGAAGAGAGAGCCGACAAAGGGCAAUAAUCGCAGAGAUGGACGCCGCUCAGCUGAACGAUCAGAUGAAAAUCACCCAGGGCCUGGACAACAAAGGCGUCGACGUUGACAAUGUCGAGAACCAAGUCCCCGCGGACCCCAACGCCCCCCGGGUCAUGAGCCCGGAGCGUCGCGUGGCCGUUGAGAAGAGCUUGAAGCGCAAGAUCGACACGCGAUGCUCGCUCUUCGUGCUCAUCUACAUCAUGAACUACCUCGACAGAAACAACAUCGCGGCCGCUCGUCUCCGCGGUCUGCAGACUGACCUCAACCUCGACGACACGCAAUACGCCACCUGCCUGAGCAUUCUGUACGUCGGCUACAUUCUCAUGCAGGUCCCCUCCAACAUGAUCAUCAACAAGAUCUCGCGCCCGUCCUGGUACAUCGCCGCCGCCAUGCUCGUCUGGGGUCUCAUCUCGACCCUGUCCGGCGUCACCACCAACUUCGGCGGCAUGGUCGCCACCCGUUUCUUCCUGGGUUUCGUCGAGGCCGCCUUCCUGCCCGGUGCCCUGCUCAUCCUGUCCAAGUGGUACACCCGCCGCGAGCUCAGCACCCGCAACGCCAUCCUGUUCUGCGGCAACCUCAUCUCCAACGCCUUUUCGGCCCUCAUCGGCGCCGGUGUCCUGUCCAACAUGCAGGGCGUUCUCGGCCACGCCGCGUGGCGCUGGCUCUUCUGGAUCGAAGGUGCCAUCACCAUGGCCGUCGCCAUCUCCGCCGCCUUCAUUCUCCCCGACUUGCCCACCAACUCCAAGGGCUUCACCGAGGAGGAGCUGUACGUGGCCCAGCUUCGCAUGACGGAGGAUGUCGGCGAGGCCGAUGUCGACUCGGAUGACAUGGGCCCUAUGGACGGUCUGUACAUGGCCGUGAAGGACGUCAAGAUCUACGUCAUGAUGAUCACCUUCACCGCCUACGUCGUCGGCCUGUCGUUCAACGCCUUCUUCCCCACUCUCACCGGUACCCUUGGCUUCAGCUAUGUUCCGACCCUGCUCAUGAGCUCGCCCCCCUGGGCUUUCUCCUGCAUCGUCUCCCUCAUCAACGCCUGGCACGCCGAUCGUCAGCAGGAGAGAUUCUGGCACAUUGUUGGUCCCAUCUGCGUCGGUCUCGUUGGUUUCGUCAUCUCCAUGUCGACCCUGAACGUUGCCGCCCGCUACGUCGCCCUCUUCCUUCAGGCCAGCUCCUACGCCGGCUUCAUCGUCUUCUACUCCUGGAUCUCCUCCUCCUUCCCCCGCCCCCCCGCCAAGCGUGCCGUUGCCAUCGCCAUGAUCAACGCCUUCUCUCAGCUGGGCAACAUCGCCGGCUCGUACGUCUGGGGUCUCAAGGACAACGGUUUCCGCAAGAGUUACGGAAUCGUCACCGCCAUGUUCGGAGCCACCAUUGUCGGCUGCUACGUCUUCAAGGUCAUCCUCGACAACCUCAACAAGAAGCUUGAGGAGGGCGAGCGCGCUUGGGAGGUUCACGGUGACGUCGCCCAUCAGACGGCCGACAUCACCCACGGCGACGAGAUCGAGGCUGCCCGCCAGAUGGGCAAGGGCUUCAGAUACCUGGUCUAAGCACUACGAGUUAUGUGAAGUAGAAUAAAGAUGUUUAGUCGAUACCCAUGAAAGGAGCGUAUUGUACAUUUUUGAAGAAGAAGAAAAAGCCUACUUUGCGGUAUACUAUGAGACUCGUGCAAGUUGCGAGAUCCAGCAAGCAUCACGUCGAUAGAAUGGAUUAAUGUCAUAAUGAAUGGGGACGCUUGAAGCAUCGAA